GAUCAUCCAGACUGAGGCCUACUGAUGAUCAGCCUCUCUCACAGCCCCCCUGAGGAGAUAAGUGAAUAAACAGAGCUGAUCAAUGUGCUGCUCCUGCUUGACCCCGAUUGACAGUUUUAAACAAUGUGUAAACAUUAACUCUAGUCUGUGCCGUGCUGAUCACUCAGUGCCGUGCUGAAAUCAGGGAGCAUAAAGAACGUGACCCAAAGAGAUUUACAUUGUUUUGCUUCCUCAAACCAUGAACCAGCCAAAUCUCAGGACGGUACUGAGCUUAACGCUGCUUUUUCAUCUUUAUUUGAGUUGUGUGGUGGCUUCAUCCAAGAAAAUCUUAAUCUCAGACUCCAACAAUCGCAAAGCAGAACGAGACCUCUCUGCACAAGAGCACUUAGAUGAGGCUUUUGAGGAGCAGGGCUACUACCUGCAGCGGCUGUUCCUGGAGUACGGCAGCAACGGGACCCUGACUUACGAGGGUCUGCAGAACCUGCUGGGCAGUCUGGGACUGGGUGAGGUCAGCGUGCUGGAGAUCAGACAUGGAGGGACCAAGCAUUCAUCUCCGAGCCCUUCUCAUUCCCAUCCACACGCUCACGUAGACCACCAUCACCCUCACCAGCCUUCAAGUAUGCCACCUGCCCACAAAGUGAGUCAGCCUGGGUCAGAAACACUGUCUGAAACUGAAAUGGGAGGUGCGGCCGAUCAUUCUCGAUUUCCUGCUUCCCUCGACACAUCACAAACCCUGCAGGAAGGCUUAUCGCUGCUCUCCAAUCAUCUAACAAAGAAACACAUCCACGAGAAUUGUCUGAAUGUGACCCAGCUGCUGUGGAAUUUCGGAUUGGGUCAGGCGUCCCACAUCACGCCGGCACACUUCACCUUCCUGUGUCCGGCUCUGCUUUACCAGAUCGACAGCGGUGUGUGUCUGCGCCACACCGAAUCCAGCACAGAGGAGGCCAAAAACGGUGUGACUUUCCUCAAAGCUCUAGGUUGGGCCUCCUUGGCUCUGUUCGUGAUCAGUCUGCCAUCUCUGCUUGCUCUGGGUCUGGCACCACUGAUUUCACCAUCCAGCCUCCGCACCUUCCUCUGCCCAAUGGCUGCCAUGGCUGUGGGCACCCUGUGUGGAGAUGCCCUGCUGCACCUUCUGCCUCAUGCCAGCUCUGGUCCACACACCGAUCACCGGGAUGUGGUGCUGAAGGGUCUGAGCGUGCUGGGAGGGCUUUUCCUGCUCUUUGUAUUGGAGAGUAUAAUAGUAAUUAGACAACAAUACAAGAAGUCCAGGAAGAAGAGGCAGCAAGCAGAAGUGGUCCAGGAGCUGGGGGCUCUGGCUGGUUCCUCUCCUCCUGACCAAACCAGCUCUGAUUCAGGUCACUCCCACGCUCCUCCUGAUAAUGGAUCCUCAGGGCUCGGCAGCGUGGCCUGGAUGGUGGUGAUGGGGGACGGGAUCCACAACUUAACAGAUGGGCUGGCUAUUGGUGUUGCGUUCUCUCAGAGCCUGACUGGAGGACUCAGCACCACUAUUGCAGUCUUCUGCCAUGAGCUUCCUCACGAACUUGGUGAUCUGGCGGUGCUGUUGGCUGCAGGCUGGCCUGUGCGCAGGCUGGCUGUGUUCAGUCUGCUCUCGGCUCUGCUGGGAUAUGUGGGGGUGCUGGGGGGAACGGCAAUGGGUCAUCAGUGGGCUCAGCACUCGCCCUGGAUUCUCACCGUCACCGCUGGGGUCUUCCUCUACGUAGCUCUAGCAGACAUGAUACCGGAGAUGCUGCAUGGAGAUCGUGGUCCUCUGGGUGCAGUGAAGUGUUUCCUGCUGCAGUGUGUGGGGCUGCUGAUAGGGGGGGCCAUUAUGCUGUGUAUUGCUCUGUUCGAGGAGGACAUCGCAGUGAGCAUGGGGGACUGCUGAGGGGCUGAGGAACAGUACAGAGACUGGCAUCAUGCCCUCCUGACCUGAAAACCAUUAACGGUUACUGGAGUGUGUGGCUUUAAAGUGCGGAUGUUGAAAGUGGUUCUGCCAGGACAAGCGUUUCUGUAAAGGCCAUCGUGUUCCUACACUCUCACUGCUCACCGUUUUACUGUAAUCCUAUAAGAGCAGCUUUUAUCUUAUACCUGCUCUAAAGGUCUAAUCAAGCAAAAAAGAUAAGCUAGAACAGGUGUAACUGGAGGCCACUACUAGACCAGGAUAAGUUUAAUUAAUUCACAGUUUAAUGACUAUUAAAUAGACAGAUUAAAUUUGAGUUAUAUAAACCUUUGGUAGUUUUUAAAAUAAGUUACUUUUAUAAUACGUGUUCUUUCAUUCUCUAUUUUUUUUCUUAUUUUCACCCAAUUUGGAAGGCCAAUUACCCAACCCACUCAUUAGGAGUACCCCUAUCCCUAGUGAUGCCCCAACACCAGGAGGGUGGAAAAAAAGCACAUGCCUCCUCUGAUACAUGUGAAGUCAGAUUCUGCCUCUUUUCCAACAGCAUGCACAUCAGCUCACAGACGCAGCCUUGUGCUGAUCGACAUCACCCUAGGAGUGAUGAGGGAAGAGAGCGCCAUCUACUGUACCCACCCAGAGAGAGCAAGGCCAAUUAUGCUCUCUCAGGGCUCUGGCAGCUGAUGGCAAACUCCAUAGUUCUUUAAUUCUCUAUCAUUUUAGUGCAUUUAUCAAACUGUUCAUUUAAUCAUCAUUCAAAUGUAAACUAUUAUAAAAAUGUUAACAGUAGAAAUGAAUGCACUUAAAGAUUACACAAACAAAACGUCAUUUCAAUCUUUUGGACACAUCUCUAGACCUAUUUUAAAGCUUCUUCUGUAUUAUAUGGACAAAUGUAUUGGCGGAUGAGGUGUAGGUUGGUCACACUCACAAUUGACACCCAGGUGCAACCACUAAGCACAGCUCCUCCCACCUACCAGACUGGCCCAAAUCACCAACCACCAGCAAAGACUCCCAGGGGUUCGUAACAACAUGCAUGAACAUCUGGAAUUCAUGCAUUUCUACUGAAUUAAUUUUGCAGUCUGCUCCUACCUACUCUUUCGUAGGUUGACUUAUUGAGAUUUAAUUUCAAGAUACACGAAGGAGAACUGCCUGAAAGUACUGUGUGAACAAACAGUAUUUUUUACGGCUCUCAGUGCCUAGUUUUAAACGUCUGGACCCUCAGAAUCUACUAAUGUAGUGUGGAGCUACUUUGAGUUUAUUACUGGUAAAAAUAGCGGCAUCUCCAGCGUAGUAAGCCUGUUGGGAGCAUCGGCUAUAAGCUCUGUAUUUCAGAAUGCUGGGGGAGAACGGAGAUGGACUAUUCGACAAAGGUUUGUACUCAGGAUCACGUUUCACACUGGAUUUCUUCUUUGAAUUCACACCAACCACACUUAUUUCAAUUUCAGGUUUGUUAUAUUGUAUAUAGUACAGGUUACAUAAACAGAAUGCUUGUGUUUUUUUCUGUUGUAUAUUGUAAUAUAUAUAUAAAACUUUUUAAAGCGA